AUGGGUGUGACAGAAACGGGUGUGCCUGAAACGAGGCCUCCGAUUCAUAAUGAAGCGGCAGCAAGCGAGGAUGAACUGCCAGCUCUUACCAGCGGCAGCGAUGGUGGUGCUAUUAGCGAGAGUGGCCAUAGCGAGUACGACGAGGACGAGGAGAACGAGGUAGAGGAACGGUGGUGGACGAGGGAGAAUGAGACCGCGGGCGUCAUGGGCCGCGACUAUAACGAGCACGAUGAGAGCGACAGUAGCGAGUACAGCGAGAGUGACAAUAGCGAGGACGAGAUGGAGGAGAGGGACGAAGGGAAUCGAAUUCGAGGACCGCUAUCCGCAGCACAAGCGGCAGAAAUGGCACGGCUUGAAGGCGCAGCGGCAGUGUCCAUGACACCUGUUCAGGAGGUCGAGGAAGCAACUCCUGCCGUGCAGCAGGGCGAGAGGGAGCGAGCAGAGAGGAGGGAAUGGGAGCGAGGAGAAGCACCGGGCAGGGAAGCAUCCGAGAGAGAAUUAUUCGAACGAGAAGUGCGCGAGAGGCAGGCGCGCGAGUCAGAGGCACAAGCAUUCGUAGCCGAGCCCACAGAGGACAGGGGGGCGGGGCUGCUGCGGCGGCUGAGAGCAGCCCAGCAGCAGGCGCUGCUGCGCUUAGAGGUGGGGUUGGAGCGGCGCCUGCAGCAACUCAUGCAGGAGCUCGUGGGGCCGUCCGUUCACGUGGAGUUCAGCCUUCGCCGCGGCAGGCUUGUCAAUGCUGACGGCAGCCUUGCUGCUGGUGCUGGUGCCGGUGGUGGUGCCGGUGCCGGUGCUGGUGCUGGCGGUACUGGUGCUGGUGCUGGUGGUGGUGCUGGUGGUGGUGCUGGUGGUGGUGCUGGCGGUGGUGGGGGGGGUGGUGGUGGUUUCUAUGGUGCUGGUGUCCGUGGUGGUGGUGCUGGUGGGCUGGCGUUUGGCGGGGCUGGGUUCGAGGCUCGGAUACACUGGGGCGCCGGACCUGCCGCUGCCGAACCUGCUGGCUUCGCAGGCACGGGUGUUGCUGCAGAUGCUGCCUUAGCCCAGCAACGCGGUAACCCUCCAGCGGCGCUAUUCGCGGUAGACGCGCUGCCAGCUGUCGCCGUGCGAUUGGAGGACGUGGAGAGCGGCGCGUCGUGCUGCGCGGUGUGCAAGGAGGUGGCGGAGGUGGGGGAGGAGGUGGUGAGGCUGCCGUGCCGGCACUUGUACCACGGCGGGUGCAUUCGGCAGUGGUUUGCUGUGCGAAACUCGUGCCCUAUUUGCCGGUUUGAACUGCCCACUGAUGAUGAGGAGUAUGAGGAGCGGAGGCGGCAGCAGAGAGAGCGGGAGCGAAUGGAGGAGCGGGAGAGAGAGGGGGGGGAAGCAGGGCGGCGGCAGAGAGAGGGUGAGGAAGCAGGGCCGCAGUUGAGAGAGGGGGAGGAAGCGGGGUUGCGGCAAAGAGAAGGUGAACCCGAGGAUGAACCGCAGCAGCAGGGGGCGCAGCAGCAGGAGAGGAGGCGGCAGAGAGAGAGGCUACCCGAUGGGAGGCAGGAAGGUCAGCAGCGGAGGCAGGAGCAGGAAGGGAGGCGGGAGCAUGAGGAGGAGCAGCAGGAGGGGGAGGGAAUCGUGGGAGGUGGGGAUGGAGAGCAGGGUGUGCGGGGUGGACGCAGGGAGGAGGCAGAAAGAGACAGAAGUGGUGUUCAGAGCGGUGCGGAAGGAGGUGGUGACGAGGGCUCAAUGCAAGGCACGGGGGUCGGGGCGAAUCGGGUGGUGUGGGGAGGGGAAGGGGCAGGCGGCUGCACAGUCAAGGAGGCCAUUUGCUGCGUUUGGCUGGCAUUGUGGCUGCGCUUGCUCUGGGGAGGUCCGUUGUGA